GGCUCCUGCAGCCUUGGCACCCGCGGGAGCAGAAGGGAAGGAGGACACCGCCACCCGCAGCCUCACGGAGCGCGUUGCAGCCGGGACGCCGAGCAACCCUGCGGCGUGCAGCGCGGCCGGCGGCGGACGUGAGCCGGACCGGGUCCCGGGUGCAGGAAAGGAACCAUGGCCCCAGGCUGCCCGCGCCUCUGGGUCCUGGUGGUCCUGGGCGCCAGCUGCGCAGGCUGGGGGAGCUGGGGGGCCGAAGCGGCGCGGCUAAGGCAGUUCUACGUGGCUGCUCAGGGCAUCAGCUGGAACUACCGCCCUGAGCCCACCAGUCUGAGUUCGAAUCCUUCCUUUAAGAAAAUUGUCUACAGAGAGUAUGAACCAUAUUUUCAGAAAGAAAAACCACGAUCCAAAAUUUCAGGACUUCUUGGGCCUACUUUAUAUGCUGAAGUUGGAGACAUGGUGAAAGUUCACUUUAAGAAUAAGGCAGACAAGCCUGUAAGCAUCCAUCCUCAAGGAAUUAAAUACAGUAAAUUCUCAGAAGUUUAUCAAGCUGUUGUACCAAACAAAGGUGCUUCUUACUCGGACCAUACAUUCCCUGUAGAGAAGAUGGAUGAUGCCGUAGCUCCAGGCCAGGAAUAUACCUAUGAGUGGAAGAUCAGUGAGGACAGCGGGCCCACACACAGUGACCCUCCAUGCCUUACACACAUCUAUUACUCCUAUGAAAAUUUGAUACAGGACUUCAACUCUGGGCUAAUUGGACCUCUGCUUAUUUGUAAGAAAGGCACUCUUACUGAGGAUGGGAUUCAGAAGAUGUUUGACAAACAACAUGUGCUGAUGUUUGCUGUGUUUGAUGAAAGCAAGAGCGGGAGCCAGUCAUCAUCUUUAAUGUACACAGUCAAUGGCUAUGUGAAUGGGACAAUGCCAGAUAUCACAGUUUGUGCCCAUGACCACAUUAGCUGGCAUCUGAUCGGAAUGAGCUCUGGGCCAGAAUUGUUCUCCAUUCAUUUCAAUGGCCAGGUCUUGGAGCAGAAUCAUCAUAAGAUCUCAGCUAUCACCCUUGUCAGUGCAACAUCCACUACUGCAAACAUGACUAUGAGCCCACAGGGAAAGUGGAUCAUAUCUUCUCUCAUCCCAAAACAUUUUCAAGCUGGGAUGCAGGCUUACAUAGACGUUAAAAACUGUCCAAAGAAAACCAGGAAUCCUAAGAAACUAACUCGUGAUCAGAGGCGGCACAUGAAGAGGUGGGAAUACUUCAUUGCUGCAGAGGAAGUCAUUUGGGACUAUGCACCAAUAAUACCUGCAAAUAUGGACAAAAAAUACAGAUCUCUGCAUUUGGAUAAUUUCUCAAACCAAAUUGGAAAACAUUAUAAGAAGGUUGUCUACAAACAGUACCAAGAUGAGUCUUUCACCAAACGUUUGGAGAAUACGAAUAUCAAAGAAGAUGGGAUCUUGGGCCCUAUUAUCAGAGCCCAGGUCAGAGAUACACUCAAAAUCGUGUUCAAAAAUAUGGCCAGCCGCAUCUACAGCAUUUACCCUCAUGGAGUGACCUUCUCUCCUUAUGAAGAUGAAGUCAACUCUUCCUACAUUUCAGGCAAUAACACCAUGAUCAGAGCAGUUCAACCAGGGGAAACCUAUACUUAUAAGUGGAACAUCCUAGAGUCUGAUGAACCCACAGAACAUGAUGCACAGUGCUUAACAAGACCAUACUAUAGUAAUGUGGAUGUCACAAGGGACAUUGCCUCUGGGUUGAUCGGGCUACUUCUAAUUUGUAAGAGCAGAUCCCUGGAUAAGCGAGGCAUACAGAGGGCAGCAGACAUCGAGCAGCAGGCUGUGUUUGCUGUGUUUGAUGAGAACAAGAGCUGGUACAUUGAGGACAAUAUCAAAAAGUUCUGUGAAAAUCCUGAGAAGGUGAAACGUGAUGACCCCAAGUUUUAUGAAUCAAACAUCAUGAGCACGAUCAAUGGCUACGUGCCUGAGAGUAUACCCACACUCGGAUUCUGCUUUGAUGACACUGUCCAGUGGCACUUCUGCAGUGUAGGGACCCAGGAUGACAUUUUGACCAUUCACUUCACUGGGCACUCAUUCAUCUAUGGAAAGAGACACGAGGACACCUUGACACUCUUCCCCAUGCGUGGGGAAUCUGUGACAGUCACAAUGGAUAAUGUUGGUACUUGGAUGUUAACUACAAUGAAUUCCAAUCCAAGAAACAAAAACCUAAGGCUGAGAUUCAGGGAUGUUAAGUGUAUCCGGGAUGAUUAUGAAGACUCAUAUGAGAUUAUAUAUGAACUUCCAGCAUCUACAGUCAUGACUACACGGAAAAUGCGUGAUUCUUCAGAAAACAGGGGUGAAGAUGAUGAUGCUGACUAUGAUUACCAGAACAACCUGGCUUCAUGGUUAGGAAUUAGGUCAUUCAGAAAUUCAUCACUGAAUCAGAAGGAAGAUGAGUUUAAUCUUACUGCCUUAGCUCUGGAGAACAAUUCUGAAUUCAUUCCUCCUAGUACCGAUACAGCUGUUAGUUCAAAUUCCUCUUCCCUAAGUAACAUUCACAGGCUUAUUGUCUAUAACUUUGCAAAGCCUCAAAAAACUCUUCCUCAGCCAACAGCCACCAUAGCUCGUCCCCCUCUGGGACACAUUGGCUUAGACAAGAACUCAGCUCUCAACCGUUCAACAGCAGAGCAUUCCAGCCCUUAUUCUGAAGACUCUAUGGAGGAUCCUCUACAGUCAGAUAUCAGAGGGAUAAGCCUACUUCCACUUGACGCAGAAGGAUUCAGGAGUCAAGAACAUACUAAGCAUAAGGAAUCCAAGAAAGGAAGAGAGCACACAGCAAAGCGUAGGUUCUCCCAAGUGGGAUUUUCAGCACAUAAAACUGGGAGACGUUUAAGCCAAGGCAACUCUUCUCCUUCCAGAAUGGGACCCUGGGAAGACCUUCCCAAUGAUCUAUUACUCUUAAAACAAAAGAAUCCAUCCAAGAUUUUGAAUGGGAAAUGGCAUUUGGUGUCUGAGAAAGGUAAUUAUGAAAUAGUCCCAGAGGCUGAUGAAGACAUGGCUGUUGAUAAGCUGCUGGACAGCCCCCAGAAUGCCUCAAGGACUUGGGGAGAAAACAUCCCUCUCAUAAACAAGCACAGAAAGAAGAGUGGCCACCCAAAACUUUCUGGAAUUAGAAAUAAAUCUCUACAAGUAAAACAGGACGAAGAAAACAGUGGAUUGAAGAAAAUCCAUUUUUUAAUUAAAACACGAAAAAAGAAAAAAGAAGAGAAGCUUGCACACCACAUUCCUCUAUCUCCAAGGGGCUUCCACCCUCUAAGAGGAAAGGCCAAUACCACAUUUUCAGAUAGGAGACUUGAUCAUUCAUUGUUACUCCGUAAAUCCAAUGAAACAUCUUUUCCCACAGACCUCAAUCAAACAUUCCCCUCUGUGAAUCUUAGCCUAUUAGACUCACUUCCUUACCAUAAUCAUAAUCCCUCAAAUGACACCAGUCAGACAAGCUCCCCUUUAGAUCUUUAUCAGACAAUACCCCCAGAAGAAUACUAUCAAACAUUCCCUAUUCAAGACUCUGGUCAAAUGCACUCCACUACAGACUCUAGCCACACAUCCCCUCCAGAGCGUGGCCAGAUGCUUGACUAUGACCUAAGAAAUAAGCCAUUCCCUACCGACAUUGGUCAAAUGUUCCCUUCCUUGGAACGUGAAGCCUGGCAGGCAACCAUUUCUGCAGAUCUCAGUCAACCAAACCUUUCCCCUGAUCUCGACCAUACAACCCUUUCUCCAGACCUCAGCCAGACAACAUUUCCUCCAGACCUUGACCAGACAACCUUUAUUCCAGACCUUGACCAGACAACAUUUUCUCCAGACCUCAGCCAGACAACCUUUUCUCCAGACCUCGACCAAACAACUUUUUCUCUAGACCUUGACCAGACAACCCUGUCCCCAGACCUUGGCCAGACAACUUCUCCAGACCUUGACCAGACAACACUUUCCCCAGACCUUGGCCAGACAACCUUUUCUCCAGACCUCAGCCAGACAACCUUUUCUCCAGACCUUGACCAGACAACCUUUAUUCCAGACCUUGACCAGACAACAUUUUCUCCAGACCUCAGCCAGACAACCUUUUCUCCAGACCUCGACCAAACAACUUUUUCUCUAGACCUUGACCAGACAACCCUUUCCCCAGACCUUGGCCAGACAACUUCUCCAGACCUUGACCAGACAACACUUUCCCCAGACCUUGGCCAGACAACCUUUUCUCCAGACCUCAGCCAGACAACUUCUUCUCCUGACCUUGACCAGACAACACUUUCCCCAGACCUUGGCCAGACAACCUUUUCUCCAGACCUCAGCCAGACAACAAUUUCUCCAGACCUCAGCCAGACAACCUUUUCUCUAGACCUUGACCAGACAACCUUUUCUCUAGAUCUUGACCAGACAACCUUUUCUCCAGACCUCAGCCAGACAACCCUUUCUCCAGACCUCACCCACACAUCCUUCUCUCUAGACCUUGACCAGACAAUCUUUUCUCCAGACCUCAGCCAGACAACCUUUUCUCUAGACCUUGACCAGACAACCUUUUCUCUAGAUGUUGACCAGACAACCUUUUCUCUAGAUCUUGACCAGACAACCUUUUCUCCAGAUCUCAGCCAGACAACCCUUUCCCCAGACCUCACCCACACACCCUUUUCUCUAGACCCUGACCAGACAGUCUUUUCUCCAGACCUCAGCCAGACAACCCUUUCCUCAGAUCUCAGCCAGGAGACUCUCUCAUCAGACAUCAGCCAGAUGACUCUUUCUCCAGACCUCGAUCAGAUGCUCCCUUCCCCAGACCUCAACCAGGCAACUCUCUCUCCAGACAUUAGUCAAACGGCCCUUCUUCCUGAUCUAGAGACAUCACUUCCUGAGACAUCCUACACCCCUGAAUCUAGUCAGUCAGUGCUUCUUCCAGAAUUUGGUCAGACUUUCUCUUAUCCAGACCUAGGUCAGGUGCCAUCUCUCCCACCAUCUCCUACCCUAAAGAGCAAUUUUAUGCCAAGAGAACUUAAUCCACCCAUUGUAGUAGGCCUCAGUGCAAAUGGUGGAGAUUAUAUUGAGAUUAUUCCAAGGCAGAAGGAAGAGAGCAGUGAAGAAUACACUGCUGAAAUUGAUUACGUGGCCUAUGAUGACCCUUACCAAACUGAUACUAGGACAGACAUUAACUCCUCCAGAAAUCCUGACAACAUUGCAGCAUGGUACCUCCGCAGCAACAAUGGAAACAGAAAAUAUUAUUACAUUGCUGCUGAAGAAGUAUCCUGGGAUUAUUCAAAAUUCGCUCAAAGUGAAGACAUUGAUGAUGUUCCAGAGAAUACCAUAUACAAGAAAGUAGUCUUUCGAAAGUACCUCGAUAGCACUUUUACCAAACGUGAUCCUUUGGGGGAGUAUGAAGAGCAUCUCGGCAUUCUUGGUCCUAUUAUUAGAGCUGAAGUGGAUGAUGUCAUCCAAGUUCGUUUUAAAAAUUUAGCAUCCAGACCAUAUUCUCUUCAUGCCCAUGGGCUUUCCUAUGAAAAAUCAUCAGAGGGAAAGACUUAUGAAGAUGACUCUCCUGAAUGGUUUAAGGAAGAUAAUGCUGUUCAGCCCAACAGCAGUUAUACAUAUGUAUGGCAUGCCACCACUCGAUCUGGGCCGGAAAAUCCUGGUUCUGCCUGCCGGGCUUGGGCCUACUACUCAGCAGUAAACCCAGAAAAAGAUAUCCAUUCUGGCUUGAUAGGUCCCCUUCUGAUCUGUCAAAAAGGAGUACUUGAUAAGAGCAACACGCCAAUGGAUAUGAGAGAAUUCAUCUUACUUUUUAUGGUCUUUGAUGAAAAGAAGAGCUGGUAUUAUGAAAAGAAGGCCCAGUCUACAAGGUCUUGGAGACUUGCAUCCUCAGAAGGAAAAAACUCCCAUGAGUUUCAUGCCAUUAAUGGAAUGAUCUACAACUUGCCUGGCCUGAGAAUGUACGAGCAAGAAUGGGUGAGGUUGCAUCUGCUGAACAUGGGCAGCUCCCGAGACAUUCAUGUGGUUCACUUUCAUGGCCAGACCCUGCUGGAAAAUGGCACUCAACAGCACCAGCUCGGGGUCUGGCCCCUGCUGCCUGGUUCAUUUAAAACUCUUGAAAUGAAGCCAUCAAAAUCUGGCUGGUGGCUCCUCAACACAGAGGUGGGAGAAAACCAGAGAGCAGGGAUGCAAACACCAUUUCUCAUCAUAGACAGAGAAUGUAAGAUGCCAAUGGGACUAAGUAAUGGUAUCAUAGCUGAUUCACAGAUCAAAGCUUCUGAGCAUUUGGGUUAUUGGGAGCCCAAAUUAGCAAGAUUAAACAAUGGUGGGUCAUAUAAUGCUUGGAUCACAGAAAAACCUUCAACAGACCUUGAGUCUAAACCUUGGAUCCAGGUAGACAUGCAGAAGGAAGUCGUAUUCACAGGGAUCCAGACUCAAGGUGCCAGACAGUAUCUGAAGUCCUACUACACCACAGAGUUCUCUGUGGCAUACAGCUCUGACCGGACAAACUGGCAGAUCUUCAAAGGGAACAGCACAAGGAAUGUGAUGUAUUUUGAUGGCAAUUCGGAUGCCUCUACAAUAAAAGAGAAUCAGUUUGACCCACCUAUUGUGGCUAGAUAUAUUAGGAUCUCUCCAACUAGAUCCUAUAAUAGACCUGCCCUUCGAUUGGAGCUGCAAGGUUGUGAGGUUAACGGAUGCUCCACACCGCUGGGUAUGGAAAGUGGAAAGAUAGAAAACAAGCAAAUCACAGCUUCCUCAUUUAAAAAAUCGUGGUGGGGAGAUUACUGGGAACCCUUCCGUGCCCGUCUUAAUGCCCAGGGUCGUGUAAAUGCCUGGCAAGCCAAGGCAAACAACAACAAACAGUGGUUACAAAUUGAUCUGCUCAAAAUCAAGAAAAUAACUGCAAUUGUAACACAGGGUUGCAAGUCUCUGUCCUCUGAAAUGUACGUGAAGAGCUACACCAUCCACUACAGUGAUCAGGGAAUGGAAUGGAAGCCUUACAGGCAGAAAUCCUCCAUGGUGGACAAGAUUUUCAAAGGAAAUAAUAAUAUCAAAGGACACGUGAAGAACUUUUUCAACCCACCAAUUAUCUCCAGGUUUAUCCGCAUCAUUCCUAAAACAUGGAAUCAAAGUAUUGCACUUCGCUUGGAACUCUUUGGCUGUGAUAUUUACUAGAAUUGAAUAUUCAAAGACAUAGGAAGGACUCAAAGAUAUCAAGCCAUUUGGAACGGGCAAUGUAUUUUAUACUAUUUUAAAUGUUAAUUUUCAGUAUUUCCUUUUUUUAUAUUAGAGAAUAAAAUUUUAUAUAUGAAACUUUCAUAAUGUAAACUCCUUGCCACAAUUCAGUGAGAUGAUAACUAUUAAUUCUUCAUUAAUCUGAAUAUAGAUGGGAAUAUAUCAAGAACCAACAAGCAAAUGGCUUCUUUCACAAUGAUUAAAAAUGCUAUGUAAAAUAAUAUUUAUGUAGUUGGCAUGCUUCAUUAUAGUUCUUUUAAAACCUACACACACUAAUAAAAGAGAUAUUACUUUUUAAAAAGCCAUUUAUAGACCUGGAUAGCUUUCACUCCUACCUUAAAAAAAAAAAAAUAACAACUGUGAUUUCAGAGUAAAGGAAACAAGGUUUUAAAUGGUUCAUUUUUCUUGACGUGGCAAGAAAAAAAAAAUCAUAC